AUGGCCUCUUCGGUCCCGUCACCGGCCGCCCCCACCCACGCGCGCACGUUGAACCACCUCGUGACGCCCACCGCGACCGGGAACAUCACACAGUUCGGCUGGCCCAGAGGCGUCCGGCGGAAGAGCUACAGCGGCGCCGGCGCCGGCGCCGGCUGCAGCAGCUACGGCGACGGAAACGGCAGUAGGCCGAACGCAACCGCCGCUGGAGGAACCCCAAUGCGCGCGUCGGCGGGUGGAGGUAGCUUCGACGAAGUCGAGUCAGGGAGCAACAGCUUUAAUAUGCAUCGCGGCGGCGGCGGCGGCGGGAGGCGAUCGAGGUGGGGUGCUCCGGGCCCUUUCCUGGGCGGUUGGACACGCACGGCGUCACCGGCUCCGCAACGCCAGCACCAGCGUCACGACAGCCUGCCGUCUAACCUCCACAUCGACGUCGACCACAUCAACUACGGCGGUGGAUCACGGAGUAAUCUCGGGUGUCGAAGGCCGAGCGGCGAUGGGACGGAGAGUGGGGAGUGGUCGGCACGCGCGGGAGGAGCGGAGGGGGGAACUUUGUCCUCCUGCGAACUGCCGUCGGCUCCUGGCAUGUGA